GAGUGUGUGUCUGCCCUCAUACCCUCCAGUGCCCUUAACGCCAAGGACAUGUAUGGCCGCACACCCCUCCACUUGGCUGCUGAGCGGGGCAGUGCUGAGUGUGUGUCUGCCCUCAUACCCUCCAGUGCCCUUAACGCCAAGGACAAGGAUGGCCGCACACCCCUCCACUUGGCUGUUAUGCAGGGCAGUGCUGAGCGUGUGUCUGCCCUCAUACCCUCCAGUGCCCUUAACGCCAAAGACAAGGAUGGCCGCACACCCCUCCACUUGGCUGCUGAGCGGGACAGUGCUGAGUGUGUGUCUGCCCUCAUACCCUCCAGUGACUUUAACGACAAAGACAAGGAUGGCCGCACACCCCUCCACUUGGCUGUUAUGCAGGGCAGUGCUGAGCGUGUGUCUGCCCUCAUACCCUCCAGUGACCUUAACGCCAAAGACAAGGAUGGCCGCACACCCCUCCACUUGGCUGCUGAGCGGGACAGUGCUGAGUGUGUGUCUGCCCUCAUACCCUCCAGUGACUUUAACGACAAAGACAAGGAUGGCCGCACACCCCUCCACUUGGCUGUUAAGCGGGGCAGUGCUGAGUGUGUGUCUGUCCUCAAAGCCUUCAGUGACCUUAACGCCAAGGACAGGUAUGGCCGCACACCCCUCCACUUGGCUGUGGAGAGAGGGCAUCUGAAGGUGGUCCAGCGGCUGACGGAGAAGGACGUGACGGCCCUACCCAUCAGGGACAAGAGAGGAAGAACCCCUCUGGACGUGGCCACGAUGCGCGGCAACACUGAGGUGGAGGAAUGGCUGGGGAAGAGGAGCGGCGCGGUGCACCUGGACGCCGCCCGCUGCCUGCACCUCAUG